AUGGACGAGCGCGAAAUCACUUGCACCUGGUCAGACUUCAGGCGCCCUAUGCUGAGGCGGUGUAAUCUACAAGACAACCUGACCUUCAUCGAUCUAGUUGGCUAUGGGCUGGAUGGCAUCGUGUGGAAAGUGGAAAUCGACAAUCGUAUCGCGGCCCUCAAAGUAUUCUGGGACACUGAGGCUCCGGAAGACACCCGAUAUUGGGCGAUGCAACGGGAGUGCCAGAAUGCGUCUCUCCUUCAGAUGAUACACUUCGCAACCGAGCAUUACCCCAACUCAAUCUGGCUUAAGCCGAACCCGAGAACAUUUUCCGAUGCCAUGCGCGCCCCCCCGAAGUGA